AUGGCAGUACUAUUACAACCACAACGAUCCAGACAAACACUCACACUGCUUGCUGGUGCUCUUUUAUCAUGCAUUGUGCUCCUGGCGACCUCCUAUUUUGCAUGGACAUCAUCUCAUGUACGACCCAACGACGACAAGGCACCAAGCAACCAUCAUCAUGCUGAGAUUGACAUUGUUCAAUACCCGGAUGUGUCAGAGCAAUUAGACCAAGAUACAUUGAACACUUUAUUACUAUCAGCAGGAGCAUCUUCAUCUUCUUCUUCAUCAACACCCUCUUUUGAACGACAUCAUACAUGGACGCAAUUGAAUCAACUUGUGAGCAAUGUGGAUGAAACGUCCUUACCAGGAGUCACUGCAAUUGUGUUAUACAAUGAGGAGGUUGCAAUGCAGAUCAAGGCGAUUACCCAACAACCACCACAGCCAUCCGUUGUUGCUCCUGUUGCUGUGUGGAUCAUUUGUACCACGGAGGACGAGCGGAGGAUUGUGGAACAACAGAGUUUUCCAAGUAUUGUUCAAGUCUUGGUUCGUGACAAGAGCAGCUGGUUACCGGUGCCUGCUACAGACUUUGUUUGGCUCAUUGAUAAGGGUGUCGUUCCAGGCUCUCGUUAUUUGGACCUUUUGCUUAAAUUAGCACACACCAAUGAAUACAAAAAUACCUUGCUGGGAUCGACAUCCGUUACUCUGGUACAACAUGAAUUGGAUGGCCAAAUUGCAUGCAAAGCCAUUGAGCAACAUCAACAACAACAAACACAUUCAGCACAAACCAUUCAUUACACGUGGCUUUUACGACGACAUUGGCUCGCAGCCUUGAUGAAAGAAGAUGUAAUCCCCCCUGCAGACAACAACGCUCUGGGCUACUGGAUUAGCUUGAGUAUCAACAAACAUGCAGGCAUCCCCUUGAUUGGUCUUCCUACAACAAAUGACGCCGACUAUCGUGUGGAACAACGUAACCAUGACGACCAUUGUGCGGCAUUCAACAACUACAUUGAACAACAUCCAAAUGCACUUGUUGGCCACCAAUUCCCUUUGGAGAACCAAGAUGAGCAAAAAGAGGCAGCGAUUUUCUUUGUCAGUGAUACGAAUAAUGAAUGGAUUCAGCUUGCAUGUGAUAUGCAUCAACACCAAGAUAAUAACAAUGCAGCUGUUCACAUUGUGACCAUCACCGACAAUGACAUCCGCCAUCAAUGUCCAUCCUUACCAUUGUCACGUAUACAUCAUCUCGACAUUGGCUCCACAGAUUUGGAUACCUCUGAACUAGUGCAACAGCUGAUGCAGAUCAUUCGUAUCACACAAUCCAAGCUCUUUUUCUACACGCAGCCAUCAGCCUCCUCAGCAGCACAGCAUGCAUUGGAAUACACAAAGGUUUUGCUCAUGGAUGGAUCCACCACGAUGAUUGGUUUACCAACCCAAAGCCUUCAACACUUGUCAUGGAUUACAGAAUUGCCAGUGGAGACGCUUUCCAAAUGGCACGAUUUCACACUCAAAGUGAUUUUGACAACUGAAAAGCACCAUGCGGAGUCAUUUAUGCAUCUUUACGAAUCCAUUCACAAUGCCGAAUACUUGGGUGAUCGUGUGGACCUCAUGUUGUAUAUGGAAAGUAGUUCGGAUGUGAGAACACAAACAGCAGUGCAAGGAGUGCAAUGGGAACAUGGUCUUAGGGAUAUUCGUCAUCGUAUUGUGCCCACCGAACGAGCAUCCAUGUUUGUGGAAGCAUGGUAUCCAUCCACCAACAGCGAAUACGCCAUCAUUUUGGAUGACGGCAUGCGACUCUCACCCUUAUUCUAUAUCUGGGCCAAGUAUGCUAUCCUCAAAUACCGCUACACAGCAACCAACAAGAACGAUCACCUCUAUGGCAUCAGCUUGACUGCUCCACGUAUUCUUGAUACAGCAGCCGACAGCGAUCGCCAACUCUUUGAAGCACCAUCAUCCUCUGAUAGUGGAAGCAAGGGAUACUUGAUGCAAGUACCACCAAGCUUAGGUGCUGCUAUUUAUUUCCCUGAGCAUUGGCGAGAGUUUCAUGAUUACAUGAAUGCACGCGUAGCCGAUCAUCUUGAUAAGCAACUUCAACAUAUCCAAGUACCCAAUUUAAGAUCGAGUCAAUGGAUCCAUUCUUGGCGUCGAUACAUGGAUGAGCUUGUUUACUUGCGUGGCAACGUCAUGCUUUAUCCCAACCUUGACAACGGUGCCAGCUUUGCAACACGUCUUGAAUUAUCCACCGAUCACUCCCAUCCCACACCUGUCAGCAUGGUUCAGUUGUAUACGCUACCCCUUGUUGAAAAGGAUGCUAAAGGUGUCUUCACUCGACAACUCUUAUCAGAAUGGUCGGAUCUCCAAACAUUGGGUAUGUGGGGCAAGCCUGCCACGCUCACAGAACUUGCGGAUCGUGGUAAAAAGUUGCAAAAGGAAGUGUCAGCAUGCGUACCAGGUCCAGAGUACAACUUUGAUCCAUCCGAGCUACUUUGUCCUUUUGCGCGUGUUGUCGAGUAUAAGGGAGGAAGCAAAGAACCAUUACCCACACGAACUAUCACGCUCUACGUGCCUGCUGAGACUCAUCCAUGA